AUGGGCUUUCUCUACUCCCAGCUCUUUAUCGAACCGAAAUAUCCAACAGACCUCUUUACAGAACAAGUCAUAAUCGUGACUGGCUCCAAUGUUGGCCUCGGGUUUGAAGCGGCUCGACACUUUGUCCGCCUCAAUGCCGCCCGCGUGAUUAUCGCCGUGAGGAACGUGGAGGCCGGACACAAAGCCAAGGAAACGAUCGAGCAGUCGACGGGUCGACAGGGUGUAUGCGAGGUAUGGGAGGUAGACCUGGCCUCUUACGACUCAGUACGGGCAUUUUCAGCACGAGCUUCGCAGCUUCCCCGUCUGGAUCUGUUGAUGGCAAAUGCGGGCAUUGCGACAACGCGCUUCACUGCAGCAGAGGGUCACGAACGCAGCAUCACCGUCAAUGUCAUCAGCACUUUUCUACUGGCGUUUCUGCUGGGCCCCGAAGUCCACGCCUGGACCGACUUGCCGGAAUGGAAAACGGAAAAUACGUUCAAAACUCUGGAUGGCGAGACGACAGCGGACAUGAACAUGCGAUACCCAGCCACGAAGCUUCUGCAAAUUCUGGUGACUCGCGAGCUGGCUGCGAGGUUGGAAGGCUCAGGCGUUGUGGUCAACAUGCUGCAACCUGGGAUGUGUCACUCAGAAUUGACUCGCGAGGACGGAUGGACGACAAGUAUGCUGAAGUUGGUGCUGGCUCGGUCUACUGAGGUGGGCAGUCGGACGCUUGUUGCAGCAGCGUCAACGGGGAUUGAGAGCCACGGAAUCUACAUGAGGGACGGCGAGAUUGACAACGAGGCGUUGUCGCCGUUUGUGAGGAGCGGUGAUGGAGCGACAGCACAGGAGAAGGUGUGGGAGGAGUUGAGUCGCAUCCUCGAGGAUAUUUCUCCGGGCGCAACAGCGUUCUGA